AAUCCUGGCUUCUUGUCCUGGCUCUUCUUCCUGUGGGUCGGCAGGCUCGUGAGCACGUCGGGCCAGGGGCCGGUGGAGGACGAGCAUCUUGUUGAGGUGCCGGGGGCCAGCAGGGUCGCGCCGCUCCUGGCGCGCUUCGACGCGGUCUGGCGCCCCGAGGGCCGCGACGAGAAGGAGACCUCCUCCCUCCUCUUCGUCACCCGUCAACUGUUCCUGCCUGCGUGGGGCUGGUCCGGCUUCCUCAUGUUCAUGCAGCAGCUCAUUUCGGUGAUCAUCCCGUUCUUGACGGAGGAGAGUUCGUCAUAUGGUUCGCGGACGACUCCGCGGAGCAGUAUGUCGGGUGGCUGCUCAUCGGUGGGUGCCUCGCCUCCAUACUCCUGGGGAACAUGA